ACCCUAAAAUUUCGUAACACUGUAAGGCCCAGACUUCACUCCUCUCCCCCGCCGCCGCCGUCCGACCAUCCGACCACCGCCGCCGUCCCCCUCGACGCCGACCACCCCUUCGGCCGAAGCCACCUCCACUACUUCCCGCCGCCAUGGCGUCGGAGGAGGGGGAAGAAGCGAACGCCGCGUCGUCGGCGGAGGAGGUGGGGAGGAAGAAGCCGCCGCGGCACAAGGGGAAGCACGACAAGCCGAAGCCGUGGGACGACGACCCCAACAUCGACCACUGGAAGAUCGAGAAGUUCGACCCCUCGUGGAACGAGGGCGGCAUGCUCGAAGUCAGCUCCUUCUCCACCCUCUUCCCCCAGUACCGAGAGAAGUACCUGCAGGAGGCGUGGCCGAUUGUGAAGGGCGCGCUGAAGGAGUUUGGGGUCGCUUGCGAGCUCAAUCUGGUGGAAGGAUCCAUGACCGUUUCGACCACGCGCAAGACCAGGGAUCCCUACAUUAUCGUUAAGGCCAAGGAGCUGAUAAAAUUGUUGUCGAGGAGCGUCCCCGCUCCACAGGCGAUUAAAAUACUCAACGAUGAGAUGAGCUGUGAUAUUAUCAAGAUUGGUAGUAUUAUACGGAACAAGGAAAGAUUCGUUAAAAGGAGAGAACGUCUUCUGGGCCCUAAUUUAUCUACUCUCAAGGCCAUCGAGAUUUUGACUGGCUGCUACAUCUUAGUUCAGGGAAACACUGUUGCUGCUAUGGGUUCCUGGAAGGGAUUGAAACAAGUCCGAAGGGUUGUGGAGGACUGCAUAAAGAACAUCAAGCACCCUGUGUACCACAUCAAGGAACUCCUAAUUAAACGUGAGCUGGCCAAAAAUCCUGCGCUAGCCAAUGAAAGCUGGGACAGGUUUCUCCCGAAGUUUAAGAAGAAAAAUGUCAAACAAAAGAAACCGAUAACAAAGGAGAAGAAGCCAUACACACCCUUUCCACCUCCUCAGCAACCUAGCAAGAUUGAUCUUGAACUUGAGAGUGGUGAGUAUUUCAUGAGUGACAAAAAGAAGUCCGCAAAGAAAUGGCAAGAGAAGCUGGAAAAGCAAUCGGAGAAAGCUGAAGAGAACAAAAGAAAGAGAGAAGCUGCAUUUGUUCCUCCAAAGGAGGACACUGCAACUCCAUACGAAUCUGCCAAGUCUACCAGCAACAACGACGAGAUUGCUGAUAUGGCUAAGUCCCUAAAGAAGAAAGCAAAGGAAUUCAGAAAGAGUGAAGCACAGGAAAAUGUGAGACUCGAGUCUUAUGUUGCAAGUAAUGAAGGGUCACGCCCAAAAAAGAAGCACAAAUCGUCCAAGUCCAAGUAAUCGCAACCUGAAUGAACCAUGACCCCCGGUUAGUGUGACAACUUUUUCUAGCCAAAUCAUGCUAGCAGCAUCCCAUUCAAAGUUCCUGAUGGCGAUUGAACAAAAUUUGCGGCCUUUUGGCUCUCUGCUUGUUGUAAAAGUAGUUGUCAUCUGUAUGGGUUGUGUAACUGUUUGUGCCCAAUAUGCCGUGGAGUAGCUCUGAUCUGCUUGUCUCCUUGGGGUAGCUCUGAUGGCUCGUGAUGAGAGUUGAGACAGCUUCUCCAUGUAGAUCAGAGCUACAACGUGAUGUAGACAUGAGCAUCUUCGCUGGUGCAGCAGUCUGAACUGUCAUGUCGUUGCCUUGCCUCUUUGUGAAAGUCACAAAGACAAUGCAUCAUCGACAAAUUUACACCCAGCAACGGUCUCUGCCUCGUCGAUCGCCUAUUUGCCUUUUCUACCUAGAACUCAAAUGACUGAAACUGAAACUGAAAGCCAAUCAAUCAUAUACUGAAAACCUGCUAGUUUGUUGCUCUA